AGUAGCCGUGGAAGGAUAGCUCCCUGACUUCUUCCUAUUUUUCUCUCUAAAUUUGAUGAAUAUGGCGCUUUCUCGUUCUCUGAUUACUCCAGACCAUUCUCUGUCUCCAUUUCUCAAACCCACAAGAGAAAGCCUUUCCUGUAAAAAACGGUUCUGUUUGAGAGUCUCUAUUAAUAACUCAGAUGAUGAGGAAGGAAGAAAGAUGAUGAUAAGGAAAGAAAAUGAUGGCUGGAAGAUUGAUUUCUCAGGAGAGAAGCCAGCCACGCCAUUGCUGGACACAGUCAAUUACCCUGUUCAUAUGAAAAAUCUAUCCACACAGGACCUUGAACAACUAGCAGCAGAGCUAAGAGCAGAUAUUGUGCAUACUGUAGCAGAGACAGGAGGCCACCUUAGUGCAAGCUUAGGAGUGGUGGAGCUGACAAUAGCUUUGCACCAUGUGUUCAAUACACCAGAAGACAAAAUUAUAUGGGACGUUGGGCAUCAGGCAUACCCACAUAAAAUUCUGACUGGAAGAAGGUCGAGAAUGCAUACCAUGAGGAAAACUUCAGGGCUUGCUGGGUUUCCUAAAAGGGAUGAGAGUGCUCAUGAUGCUUUUGGUGUAGGACAUAGUUCCACAAGCAUAUCUGCUGGACUUGGAAUGGCAGUAGCUAGAGAUCUUCUAGGGAAAAACAAUAACGUUAUCUCAGUGAUUGGGGAUGGAGCAAUGACAGCAGGACAAGCAUACGAGGCAAUGAACAAUGCAGGGUUCCUUGAUGCUAACCUGAUUGUUGUGUUGAAUGACAAUAAACAAGUUUCUUUACCGACUGCAACUCUUGAUGGCCCUGCAACUCCAGUUGGAGCUCUCAGUAGUACCCUAACCAAAUUACAAGCAAGCACCAACUUCCGCAAACUUCGUGAAGCAGCAAAAAGGAUCACAAAGCAAAUUGGUGGAAAGACACAUGAAGUUGCAGCGAGGUUAGAUGAGUAUGCAAGAGGAAUGAUUAGUGCUUCUGGCUCCACCCUCUUUGAAGAGCUAGGUUUAUAUUAUAUUGGUCCAGUUGAUGGACACAACAUUGAGGAUUUAGUGACCAUCUUCCAGAAAGUGAAAGCCAUGCCUGCACCAGGGCCAGUCCUAAUCCAUGUUGUGACAGAGAAAGGAAAGGGCUAUCCCCCAGCCGAGGCAGCAGCUGAUAAAAUGCAUGGAGUUGUCAAGUUUGAUCCAACGACAGGCCAGCAACAUAAACCCAAAUCCUUGACACUCCCAUAUACACAAUACUUUGCUGAAUCACUCAUAAAAGAAGCUGAGGCUGAUGAUAAGAUUGUAGCCAUCCAUGCGGCAAUGGGUGGUGGCACUGGUCUCAAUUAUUUCCAAAAGAAGUUUCCAGAUCGCUGCUUUGAUGUGGGGAUUGCUGAGCAGCACGCUGUUACUUUUGCAGCUGGUUUAGCCACUGAAGGGCUCAAGCCAUUUUGUGCUAUAUACUCAACAUUUCUGCAAAGAGGAUAUGAUCAGGUGAUACAUGAUGUGGAUCUGCAAAAGUUACCUGUCCGCUUUGCACUAGAUCGAGCAGGUUUAGUUGGUGCAGAUGGACCGACCCAUUGUGGAGCAUUUGAUAUCACAUACAUGGCUUGCUUGCCCAACAUGGUGGUUAUGGCCCCAUCUGAUGAAGCUGAGCUUAUGCAUAUGGUUGCAACAGCAGCAGCUAUCAAUGACAGGCCAAGCUGCUUCAGGUUUCCUAGGGGAAAUGGCAUCGGAGCAGCUCUUCCACCCUACAGCAAAGGAAUUCCUCUUGAGAUUGGGAAGGGAAAAAUACUCACAGAAGGCAACAAAGUUGCUAUUUUAGGAUAUGGUUCUAUAGUUCAAGAAUGUCUGGAAGCAGCACGCAUGCUCAGAACACUUGACAUUUAUUUGACAGUAGCUGAUGCAAGAUUCUGCAAGCCUCUAGAUACAGAACUCAUCAGGCAACUGGCAUGUGAGCACGAGAUUCUAAUUACUGCAGAAGAGGGUUCUAUUGGAGGUUUUGGUUCUCAUGUAUCACAUUUCCUAAGCUUGGCAGGGAUUCUGGAUGGGCCUCUAAAGUUGAGGGGAAUGAUGCUUCCUGAUAGAUACAUUGAUCACGGAUCACCCAGAGAUCAGAUGGAAGAAGCAGGGCUCUCAUCAAGGCAUAUCUCAGCAACAGUCCUGUCACUACUGGGAAGGCCAGAAGAAGCCCUGCAUUUCAAGUAAGAACACAUAAGGAUUAAGGAACAAGAAUCCCUUUUCUGGAGUCACAACAUCAUUCAUGAUAUCAGGUCUGAAGAGCUUCAUGCAUCAGAAGAAAAUUUUCAAAUCCAACUUAAGAGAUUUAUAUGUGGGUAAUUCAUAAACAAAGACCUAGACUCCUCUAAAUUAUUAUCUUGAUAUGGUUACAGAGCAUCAACAAUUUUUAGUAUCCCAAAUGAAUUACUCAGACCACUGUUGAUUUUAUGCAUAAUCCCUAGUUGUAAUGUAAUGAACAACACAUAAAAGACUGAGUUUCAGGCAGAUAAAGAUCUGAGAUUCUU